UAAAGCAGGCAAAGUAAUGGUGGUCUCGGAGAAAACUAAAACGAAUGAAAAACUAUAAAAAAAUUAUGCUCAAGCUAUCAUGAGAUGAAUUACAAGCACAUUCGACCAGUGUAAAAUAAAAAUGCAACUUAAUUAUACAAAAAAUAUUACGUGGACAAGAUAGAAUGUUAUAAUAAGGAUGGUUCAAAAUACGUAAACACGAAGACAAAAGAGCAAGUUCAAGAACAUAUUGAAAUGUCUUUUGCAAACACUCGGCUCAAUUCACCAAGACGUACACGUUUCUUGUCUCCAGAACGAGCAAGGUCCUUUCCAUCCGAACAAUCGACACAACUCGAAUUAAAAAGCAACCGACAAAAAUUUAAUAUAUGCGGCGAGAAAUAUGACAUACAGGAGGCAACCUUACGGCGAUUUCCCAAUACGCUGCUUGGUGAUAAAACGAGACGUGAAAAAUACUGGGAUGAGAUAAACAAAGAAUAUUACUUGGAUAGGAACAGAGCAUGUUUUGAAUCCGUAUUAACAUAUUAUCAGAGUAACGGUAUCCUUGUUAAACCCCAUAAUGUUCCCGAUAUCCUCUUUGUGAAAGAAAUACAAUUCUACGAUCUUGGAGACGAUGUUUUACAGCGAGAUAAAGGUGCAGAUGAGAAGUACAAUUCAAUCACGGAAAAAUCUAAUGAAAAUAUGGAAACAUCGACAACUUUUAAGAGCAAGGUUUGGAAUUUGUUCGAACAUCCCGAGACUUCAACGGCAGCUCGGAUCAUCGCCUGGUUAAGCUGUGCUGUAGUUCUUGUCUCGGUUGUUUUGUUUUGCAUUGAAACGUUGCCACAAUAUAACAAGGACAACGACAGCGAUAAACACAAGUCACCGCUCUUCAUCUUGGAAACAUCAUGCAUUGCAUGGUUCACAAUAGAAUAUUUGGCGAGGUUGAUAAGCUCACCAAAUAAAUACAAAUUCGCCAAGGAUAUUCUGAAUUUUAUCGAUUUAAUAGCCAUUCUUCCAUUUUUCAUUAGUAUUGCAUUGAUUAAGAGCAAUGAUGUGUCGUCAGUGGGAGUUUUGAGAGCAGUUCGACUUGUCCGGGUUUUUCGAGUAUUCAAGUUUUCACGACAUUCGAACGGUUUAAGAAUUCUUGGAUUGACGUUGAAAGCAAGUGUACAAGAGCUAGGAUUACUUGUGUUCUUUCUCUCCAUUGGAGUGUUAUUGUUUGCAAGUGCUAUAUAUUAUGCUGAAAUGAAAACAGAAAACAGUGAAUUCAAAAGUAUACCACAUUCAUUUUGGUGGGCCAUUGUAACCAUGACAACACUGGGAUAUGGAGACAUGUAUCCUACAACACUAAUUGGUAAACUCAUUGGAGGCGUCUGCGCAUGCACAGGAAUUUUGGCAAUAGCUUUACCGGUGCCUGUCAUCGUGGCGAACUUUGAACGCUUCUACAGUGAAUCUCAAGAAGCAGCAGCAGCAGGUUCCAAGGACAGCCAGCAGAAAGCAGCAAAGUAUCAAUCACUAAAGAAGUUCUUUGAUCGACUACGACAUCGUGAUAGAGCCAAGCAAAGAGAAAACGAGGAUGAUAACUACUAUAGUAUGGCAGGAGGAAUCAAUGAAGAAAUUCACAUAUGACUUCAGAGGGUAACAACUACCGCCAAUAAUUGCCAAAGAAAGGACAUUCUCGUUGCAAAACUGAUACUUCGUGUUAUGCAAAAUAUAUGUCUUUAAGCCGAUAAUCUGGUAAACAAUCUUCAUUAAAGUACAUGAAACAAAGUUUUAGGGUGAGAGGACGUCAAAGACUUCUCAGUGCAAACCUUAUAGCCAAUGAAAUUAAUAUAUUUAAUAAGAUACAUGAAAAAAUUCUGAAUUCUGAUUGGUUUAAGAGCAGUGCAAACCUUAUAGCCAUUGAAAUUAAUAUAUUAAAUGAUAGUCGUUAA